AUGGCUUCCUGCAAAUCCUUAUUCAUCAUUUUCCUAACUACGCUAAUCUAUAUUUGCGAUUCCACCACCGUCGAGAAAAAGCCACCUGCGAGGUCACAAUCUUUCCGGCUUGAACUCGGCUCACUUUCCAAAUCCUCUAUUUCCAAGUACGCCGCCACGUCACCAUCAUCAUCAUCAUCAUCUCGCACGUACAACUCUUCUGUCCGCGUCUCGUCGGGGCCGAUCGUGUUCCUCCCCAUCGGCACCCCAUCCCAGCUCGUCCCAUUGGUCCUCGACACCGGCAGCCAGCUGUCGUGGGCCCACUGCUCCCCCAAAAGGAGCAAAAACUCCUCCGCCUUCAUCCCUUCCCUCUCAUCCUCCUACCACCCCAUCCUCUGCCGCAACAACUCCAAUUGCCCCACUUCCCAUCCCGAUGAUCAGGUGCCCCUCACCUGCACCAACUUACGCUGCACCUUCUCCGUCUCUUACGCGGACGGCACCCCCAGCGAAGGCAGCCUCGUCCACGAUACCUUCACCUUCUCCGACUCCCAUAAUUCUCCCUCUCCCCUCAUCAUCGGUUGCUCCCACGACAAGGACUCCAGCGGCGCAGAGGGAAUCUUGGGAAUGAACCUCGGAAACUUUUCGUUAGUAUCCCAAUUACAAAUCUCCAAGUUCUCUUACUGCAUAUCCUCCAACAAUCUCGGGUUUUUCUACAUAGGAGAUAACACCAACAACCCGAAUUAUAUCACCAAACGAAUCGAUUUCACGAAUUUCCCGGGCGACGUUCGGCCGAACCUCGACGAGCACGCCUACACCGUCACCCUCGUCGCCAUCCGAAUAAACGGGACGAAGCUGAACGUCAGCGAGUCGGCUUUCCGGCCGGACGCCAACGGCUCCGGCCAGACGAUACUCGACUCGGCCACGGGGCCGAUGUAUCUCGUCGACGAGGCGUACGCGGAGGUGAAAUCGAGAGUCGAGAGUUUGACGGGCGCGCGGUUUAACAUGACGACGAGCAAGGACGGGUUGUUCGAGAUGUGCUUUACAGGAAAUAAUAAUGUUACGGCGGCUGCGGAGAGGAUUGGGGAGUUGGGGCUUGUGUUCGAUGGGGGAGUGGAGAUGGUGAUUCCUAUGGAGAGAGCGAUGGUCGAUGAGGGAGAUGGAGUGAGUUGCGUGGGAAUAGUCAAUUCUAUGAGUAGGCCCGGGAAUAUCUUGGGUCAUCUCAUGUUCAGGGAUGUGUUAAUGGAGUAUGACGUGGUGAAUAAGAAAAUUGGGUUCGGGGAGUCUACGGGCUGUGGAAGCUAA